AUGGGUCAAUGGUGGGACACCGCGAGGAUUGACGCUACCGUCACUCGGCAGUUCGUCUGCCAGUACCUUUUGCCUGACGAAAUAGAGCGUUUAGACCGACCUCUGGCCUUCGGCGGGGGGCUGACUGACGGCACUUACUGGGACUGGAUCGACUCCAAGGCCAAGCGCGUCUUCUUGAUUCUCGUCGACCUCAAGAUCCCGGACCAAAUAUUCGGCAUCAUUGACGACUCGUGGGACGACCAUGAUCUCCCCGUUUCUAUCGAGCAUAUCGAGCGCCUGAGGUUAACAGCCACCAAGGACGACAAAGUCGAGCGCAAGUUCUUCAUCCGCCAGUUCAAUUACCUGCUGAAGCCCUUCCAACGGGGGGACCAUAUCGUCUUCAACGACUACGAAAUCGUGCCCCUUGAUGUCAUCGAGCGCCGGACGGCCGGGAACACCGCCGUCGAGAAGGUACUCCUGCCGAACUGUCCAGGGCUGGUCUUUUACCGGCGCCGGAUCCCUAUUGGGAACGGCCCGAGCCAACUAAGUCGAGGAGAGUUUAUCGAAAUUAUCAACAGCAUUAGAGGGAUCCAGAAUGACCACUUGGUCUCUUAUUAUGCUUCUUAUACCCAGCACGGAGCUGCAUACGCUCUCUUCACGCCUGCCACGGACUCUAACUUGAAGUCCUUUCUCGGCAACACCCCAUCCAAUUUCAAGAACUUUCCCAAGAAAGAACGGAGGCGGAUGGUGAUGAACUGGAUCCUGUGUCUCGCCGACACUCUUGCUUACCUCCACAGCCGAAGGCUCUCCCACGGAAACAUCAAGCCUUCGACCAUACUCUUUACCAACCAGCUUCACAUCUUCUACUCUGAUUUCACGAGACUAAACCCCGCGAUUCUUGCAGGGUAUUCCGACAAGAACUCAUUCGACCGAGAGUCAUAUGACUAUGCCGCGCCAGAACAGUGGUUUCGUCCAAGCGGCGGCCCGACCAGUCCGAUGGGUCGAAAAGCGACUUUGGCCAUGUCGACGUCUCCAGAAACGCACACCAACUUCUCUAUUCCCAGGAGCGACAACCCCAGCAGUCCGAACGCAAUGCUGAGCAUGCCAAACCCGCAGCUUAGCCCGCAGGCUGCUGAUAUUUUCUCUCUCGGAUGCGUUAUUCUCGAUCUCAUGAGUUUCCUCGUCAAGAAGACGACAAAGAGCUUCGCAGCCCACCGUGCCGCAAAGCACAAGUCUCCUGGCCGAGGAGGCGCGGUACUAGACUCUUCAUUCCACAAAAACUUGGGCCAAGUCGAGUCCUGGAUGUCCACGCUAGCGAAGGAAGCGUCAAAGAAAACGUCCGAGUCCGAAGGCGGAGCCGUGUUCAAGGGUAUCGUCCCGUUGAUGCACAUCGUCGCACGCAUGCUGUCCGCGAACCCCAACGACCGUCCCCCCGCGUCCGAGGUGCAGACGCAAAUCUACCAGAUUCUGACGAAAUACUGCGACAUCACCGAACCACACUGCGUCCAUCAGUAUGGAGGAUGGGACUUUGGCAUGUCGCAACUACGCAUCCAAGCCGUAAGCCCCAGCUCCGAGCUGAUGCCCCAGCCUAUUCGGCAGAACUCAUUGUCUCAGCCAUCACGGCGAGACAGCGGAAGCCUGAGUGGAAGUAUCAGCCCACGAGGUCUGGCCCACUCGAGGACAAACAGCAGCGGCGGCAUGUCGAACAACAGUGGUAUCAGUAGUGCGGCUAGCAGCGAGCAUGACCAGGACCGAGAACUCGGGGCUGGGUUCACUGCCUUGCGGAACAUCCGGGUACCACCGGUGAGAUCGCCGGGACCGUGGGACUCCAGCCCCGCUGUUCCGGGGGGCCGCGGCGACCAAGCCCCGGUGUACUGA